AUGCUUUGUGCCGGCAAAAACGCCAGCGCCUGGGCGGAAGUUGUUCUUUUUGAGAGCCACAAGGCCGAGCACCAGAAGCAGCUGGCUGCAGGCAGGGCAGGUCAUAACGUGACUGGACCCAUCAAGCUGCGAAAAAGGGGUCAUGCGCAGCGGCACCGCGGCGUCCCGCGGAGGGCCUUUGAUGGCGUGGCCGAGUUUCUACCUUUGCUGGUAGCCGUCACUCCGGCCUUAGUAUAUCAACUCGCAGGAGAAGCAAAGGAUCCAGGUGUUCCACGGAGGAAAGACGUGAAGCCCUGGAGCGAAGUGAUGGAACUCUUGACCUCCGAUGUUCUCACCAGGAUCCGCAAGCCCUUGGUGUUCCUGAAUCUGAUCUCUGCGGCGGUCUUCGCCUUCAAUUUCUACAUUUUACCUCCAGGACGGGGCAACUUCGUGUUUCCUGUGGAGGGAUUCGUGGCCUUGACAUUUUGCGUGGGAGUGCUGCUUGCGCAGCGUCUCAAAACGGCCAACCAGCGAUUUCUCCGUGGAAAGAAAGCCUGGAGCGAGAUAGUGAACGUGACCAGGAACCUGAACCGUCAAGCGCAUCUCUGGGCUGAUCGUGAGAGCUUUCUGGUCUUCUCUCGUUGGCUUCCGGCGUUCCCCGCUGCGCUGCUGUGGGAUCUGCGCAAGCUGCCCGAGGAGGAGCUGCCAACGGUGCUGAAGGAUUCGCAGGGAGCUGGCGAUCAGGCCACCUUGGGUCUGACUCAAUUGGAAAUGGAUCAGGUGCUGACCCGCCCUGCCGGCUCCACAGCUGCGCUGUAUGUCUUGCAGAAGCUGCAUGUCGUAGCUUCUAAGCUCCAAUUGGCUGAACCUCAAAGCUCGGUACUGCAGCAAGCCUUGUCCAAAUUGUCAGAAGCCGUUGAGGCAUGCCAGAAGGAGAAACACCAGGCCUUACCGCAGAUCUACCACUACUCCGCGGGAUUCGUUUUCCUGUGGCUGGCGUUGCUUCCCUUCAUUUUGCCAACUCAACUGCAGGUGGGCGUAGUGCUUGCGCAGCAAGUGCUGGCCUUUGGCUUGUUGGGAAUUGAAGAUGUGACCAUUCAAUUGGAGGAGCCCUUUGCGGUACUCCCCAUGGAGGGGCCCUGCACCUCUCUCGCCAGCGAGUCUCAGGCCCUGCGAAGCAACUGGAGGAGGAUGCGGAAGGGCCUGGAACGUCCCAAAGCCAAGGAGCCGCCACAGAAAUACUCCUUGGGGUUUCCCCGAAAAGACCGGGUCUUUCCCUGCUAUCCAGAUGAGAGGGAAGCGGGCAAGGACGACGAGGUGAUCCUGCUGAAAUGA